GUCUGGGAGGAGCCCUGGGCUACCUGACAGGUGCUAUGGAUUGGGAUCAGACUGUACUAGGAUUUUCUUUGGCGUCGGAAUUCCAGGUGAUUUUCUUCUUCGCAGCCUUCGUUUUCCUGGUCUGCCUUAUCAUACAUCUGCGCAGUAUUCCUGAAGUCCCACUCGGAUUCAAAAACGAAGAGACAAAGCUCUUGUUGGAAGUGACUGAAUCCUAUAAAUAUAGCUCCAUAGAAGAGGAAAUCAAGAAAGGUUACUUAAAAUCAACAUUUACUGAAGUAAAGGCUGCAGCUAACCCAGGGGAGUGCACUGUUAAGUCACGUAGAGAGGACCAAGGGCGGAUGAGCCUUAAAUCCCUGGUGAAGACACUUGUAAGCAUGCCAUCCCACUAUCGCUGUCUGUGUGUGAGCCACCUCUUCGGAUGGAUGGCUUUCCUGUCCAACAUGCUCUUCUUCACGGAUUUCAUGGGACAGGUUGUAUACCAGGGUAGUCCUUACGCACCUCAUAACUCCACGCUUUACCUUACCUACAAAACAGGAGUAGAAAUGGGUUGCUGGGGGCUCUGUAUCAACGCAAUUUCUUCAUCAGUCUAUUCUUAUGUGCAGAAAAUCCUUCUGCCAUACACAGGAUUAAAGGGACUUUAUUUCAUCGGAUACCUACUUUUUGGCUUGGGUACUGGAUUAAUUGGCUUGUUUCCCAAUAUCUAUUCCACUCUGGCUUUGUGUUCCCUCUUUGGCGUCAUGUCUAGCACACUGUACACUGUGCCAUUCCACCUCAUUGCAGAGUAUCACAGGGAAGAAGAGAGCCUGAAGCUGCAGGACGGGGAACAAGCUGGAGAGUACAGGCGAGGGAAGGGCAUUGACUGUGCUGCUCUCACCUGCAUGGUCCAGCUGGCCCAGAUCAUACUCGGUGUGGGCCUGGGGCUCCUGGUUAGUGUUGCUGGCAGUGUGGUCACUGUGAUUUCAGCGUCUACAGUGUCGCUGGUUGGCUGCUGCUUUGUUGCUUUCUGUGUUCGGUAUGUGGAGUAG